ACCUCAGCCCUCGCGCAUCCUGGAGGAGAGCCUGCCAUACCUAGAACCUCAGACCGACGCCCGCAGCAAGGUCGCAGAACUCGCCCCCCCCUGGCCUUGCCGCAGGACUGUGACAUCUUACCUCCAGCAGCCUCCCAAAUGACCUCCAUCAACUCCCCCUCCCGCAAGUCCAUCCUCGCUGGCAUGGACUCCAGCAUCGCCGCAGACAUCAGCAGCGCCAGCGCUGGAGGCGACCUCCAACCCCCGUCCGGCAGCGCCUUUUUCUCCAGCACCGACGGCGUCCUGCAGCGGCAAAAGAACCGCGGCGCCGCCGCCGACUCACAGAGCAUCAUGUCCAAAGGCAGCGCCGGUAAGCGCUCCGCCACGAGCACCGGCACCGCGGGAAGGCACUCGAAGAACACCAGCGUUAGCAGCAAGCAGCAUCCCGCUUCCCCUUCAGCUGGCGACGCAUCAUGCGGCAGCAUCCUUAACGGAAACUCUUCCAUGCCCAAUCAGCACCCUGCUCAGCCACUGCACAGCCAACCCCAGCAAGACGGAGAUGUACAGCCGAAACAGCAGCCAGCACGCCGCAUAUCGCGGCUGCUCCGCCGCAAGACAUCACGCGACGACGCCAAGGCGUCCAUGCCUCCCAUGCCCAAGAACGGCAGCGCUAACGGAAACGGAAAUUCAUACACCAACCGAACAUCUAGCACCAGGAAUGGCUCCAUGCCCGUGGACGACGCGGCAAGCAUCAAGUCCAAGAGCAGCUUUCGCCGCAUCAGCCUCAAGCUGCCCAAAUUCGGCGGCGGCGCUGCUGCCGCCGCCGGCCGGCGCUCUUCUUCGUACACUGGUUCCGAGAACAUCGGCCAUGCCGCCGCGAAUGCCAGUGCGAAUGUGAACGCAAACGGCCAGCUGCAACCGCCGCAGUCUCACCCGCAGCAGCAGCAUCAGAGCGGAUCAGCGCACGUGCCCCCCAUCCCGGCCAAGUACGCCCAGCAGGCGCGCUCUUCGCCGCAUCUCGCGCAGGGCGAUCCCGCAGAGCGGGGCGAGGGCCAGGCGGAGUGGGAGCCGCCAGCAGCGACGUUUGUGCGCACCGCCGCACCUGGCACCGAUACGAGUGCCUAUGCCGACGAGCUGGACGACGGCAUCGGGCGUGCUGUUGCUGCUGUGAACGGAUCCGUAGCGCGAAGCAGCACUAUCGAACGACCGCCGCGCAGUCCUGACCGUGUCCCCAAGCCGAACUUUAUCCAGGGCGCACAGCCCGCGGCUGCACCAGCAGCAACGAGCAGCAAGAGCAGUCGCGGCGACGCUGACGACGAGCAAAGCGGUGGCUACAGGGAAUACAUUGCCACAACUGUCGGGACCAUCAGCUCGGGCACGUCGCACCUCGUCGGCUUCGGUGGCGACGACGACGAGACAGAUGGCGAGGACGAGUUCCAUGAUGCUAAUGACCUCUCGCACAUCUCGGAGCGCAGCGAGGAUGACGAGACCGCUACCCCCGAGCAGCAGCAGCACCGCUCGCACGCGCACGCACCCAGCCAUGCCGAACAGGAGGCCCAGCGCCUCGCUGCCGAUGAGGAAGCGCACGAUGCUGCGGCCGGCCUCUACCCAGGCAGGCAUCGGCACCGCGGGCAGAGCGCGCCGCCUCACGCCGUCCCGCCGCGCACCCCCGAUCUGAACGAUGGCGGCAGCACACCGGUGCCGGCUUGUCCGCGUGCGAGCAUCUCCAGUGGCACCGCCGGCGGCGGCCGCGACCGCGUUACGUCCAUCUCGAGCCGGUCCGAGGGUAGGAUGAAGAAGGAGACGCCAGAGUAUGUGCGCACCAAGGCGGCGGCGGUCGCUAAGCUGCGCGUGGACGAUGUGCAGCAGAGCGCCGAUGAGCUGCGCGAGGACGUCGAGCAGGCGCGCCGCGCACUGCACCUCUUCCUGAACAGCAAGAUGCUCGAGGCGGAGGAAAUCGUCAAACGGUACGCGGACCGCAAGCUGUACUACGCCCUCGGUGCCGCGCUCAUCGCUGUCAUCAAGGGGUUCAUGACGUUUGAGCCCGAGGACCUGGCGGUGGCCAUCUCGUUCUGUAAGGACACGAUCCACAUUGCGCAGCUGCUGCGCAAGCCGACCAACUCCGUCGCCAACUUUGGCCGCUUCGUGCGCGGCACGGGCCAGUCGCCGUCGGCGAUGCACAGCAUGACGCACGUCCAGCGCCACGCCGAGCUCGUGUAUGCCGAGAGCGUGCUGCUCAAGGCCGUCAUGGGCAUCCUCUAUUCGGGCGACUUUUUCGGCUUUGUCGCCGAGGCGCUCAACAUGCGCAACGCCUACGGUAUCUACCGCUCCCUUGCCAAGUACGUCGAAUGGGCCGAUGAGCAGGCCAGCAAGAAGCGCCGCGGAGCCAUCGACGAGAGCAUCGACGAGGAUUUCCGCAGCGGCGUCUACCUCGGCAAUGGUCUCAUGAGCAUGAUCCUCGGCCUGCUCCCCGGCAAGGUGCUCAAGAUCAUGGAGGUCUUUGGGUACACAGGCGAUUGCAUCGAGGGGCUCAGCAUUCUUGGCAGGGCCGGCGAGUGGAGCACCAACCCCCAGCACAUCAAGCCAGGCAUGCCCCUCGAGGAGGAGGGCAUCCGUCGCGUCAUCUGCGACAUGGGAAUCUUACUCUACGAACUGGUCAUCUCUACGUUUAUGCCUGUCAACGGAGUCGACAUCAACUAUGCCGACAAGAUCCUGCACUACAACCUCGACCGCUACCCGCAGGGCAUCUUCUUCCUCUACUUUUCCGGUCGCCUCUACUCGACGCAGACGCUCGCCGAAAAGGCCAUCAAGCAGUUUGUCAAGGCGCGCGACGUGCAGCGCGAAUACAUCCAGCUGCAGCACAUCUGCUGGUGGGACAUGUGUCUUUGCCAGAUGUCUCUCGGGCAAUGGAACGAGGCGUACAGUUGCUUCGAAGUUCUGCUCAACGACAGUAACUGGUCCAAGGCCGUGUACAACUACGGCAAAGGUGUCAACCUCUAUUCAUCCGACCCCGACGGCAAGGUCAAGGAGGCCGGCAAGAUCAUCAUCAAGACGCCUGAUCUUAUGCAACGCAUCGCCGGCAAGUCGAUCCCUCUUGAGAAGUUUGUCGCACGCAAGGCGAAAAAGUUUCAGGAGCAGGGCCGCCUGCUGCUCCCUGCGCUCGAGUUCUCGUACUUUUACCAUUGCGUCUCGAACGCCCCGCGCUACAUCCUCGCCGAUGAGCACCUUGUCACCGUCUCGCAGGCGCUGCGCCAGGUGCAGGCACACGAGUCGGAGCCUGCCUCGUACCACUCGGGAGAAGACGAGUUCUGGGACGAUUACUGCCUCGCGCAUUUCCUGCGCGCCGUCACGCUCAAGUACAUUGCCCACCCGGAACAGCACGCCAAGGCGCGUCCGCGCGAGUCGCCCAUCCCCAAAGAGGAGGCCGAGGAGCAGGCAGAGAUGUCGCUGAAAAACGUCAUUGCGAAUGGCACAAAGUUGACGACGGACCACUACCUCCUCUACUUUGCGCACUACGAGCUCGGGCGCCUAUACGCCUCCAUGGGCAGGAAGUCCGACGCCAGGGACGAGUUCAACCUCAUCCUCAGCGGCAAGAAUCUCGGCGACAAAGGCCGCGAGGGAAAAUACUCAAUGCAGGUGCGCCAUACUCCUCCGUUCCCUGGACCGCUCAGCGUCUUUCUCGUGCAUCUUGGCUAACAACACAUUCCUUUUUCCCCACGUGAAAUACCCACAGAACAUGUGUCUGCUUCGCUCAAAUGGUGAGUCGCCUUCCUGCUGCACGCGCGUUCAUCUUUCCCCCGGAGCUUCCUCCUGACGCUCUUUGGUCCUCGUAGGCGCCCUGAACGGCCUCGACUCGAAGUGAUGCGCGACGCAAUUGCAUCGACACUUUUUAAGACUUUGUCUCCUUGGUGAUCGUUAUUGGUUGUCAUAUUCUGUGUUUCCCUUUCCCGGUAGACCCGACUCGAGCUCUCCCGCCUGCAAAGCCGAAACCUACCAACGACCCAACCGAGCCACCUGAGACCGCCCCUUCCAUCGAGUACCGAACAAACGAGCGAAGCGCUCGU